AUGGCCAUAGCAACCGAGAACUCGACAAUCCAGGCGCUGCGGCAGAGCCUGUGCUCCGAGGCAACACCCCUGUCGGUACGAUUUCGGGCGCUGUUCUCGCUCAAGCACCUGGCGCGGCAGUCGGCGACACCUGAGGAGUCGCUGGCCGCCAUCGACGCCAUCGCCGCGGCCCUUAAUUCGCCCUCGGCGCUGCUCAAGCACGAGCUGGCAUACUGCCUCGGGCAGACGGGGAAUAACGCAGCUAUCCCGCACCUGACGGCUGUCUUGGAAGACCUGCAGGAGGAUCCCAUGUGCAGGCACGAGGCGGCCGAGGCGCUGGGCGCGCUAGGCGCCGCGGACAGCCUCGAUAUUCUCAAGCGAUUCCGCGACCGUGUCGGGGAAGAGGUGGUGGUCACGGAGACGUGCGAGAUUGCUGUCGAUAGGAUAGAAUGGGAGAACUCGGAGCAGAGGAAACGGGAAAGGCUGCGGCAAAGUGAUUUUGCUUCUGUCGACCCUGCUCCACCCAUGCCCCAGGAAUCCGAGAGCACAGUUGAAGAGCUGGAGAGAGCCCUCCUAGAUACAAGCCUGGCACUGUUCCGGAGAUACCGGGCCAUGUUCGGCCUCCGUGACCUGGCCUCGCCUCCCGACCUUCCCACUGCUGUCCCGGCCGUCCAUGCUCUUGCCAAGGGCUUCGCCGACUCGUCGGCCCUGUUCCGCCACGAGAUCGCCUUCGUAUUCGGACAGCUCUCACAUCCUGCAUCCAUCCCUGCCCUUACUGCCGCCCUGAGCGAUCUCGAGGAGGCCAGCAUGGUCAGGCACGAGGCCGCAGAGGCUUUGGGAAGCCUCGGGGACGAGGAGGGCGUCGAGGAGACCCUGAAACGAUUCCUGGACGACAAGGAAGCCGUUGUACGGGAGAGCGUGAUUGUAGCUUUGGAUAUGGCAGAGUAUGAGAGGAGCAACGAGGCUGAAUACGCCUUGAUCCCAAAGGUUACUGCGUAG